AUGGCACCAGGUCAUGCAGUAUCAUCAGAGGCUGGAUUAUUAGAUCCCAUUAGAAGUAUGUUCAAUCCAAUCCCAUCAAACCGACCACGGCACAAACCUGAUUUACUACUCGGACAUUUAGUAUCACGAUUCCGGGAUUCAAGCCUAGGCGAUGAUAGCAUGGACUUUGAUACAAACGUACAAAGUGACCCUGAGAGGUAUCCGAAUUAUCCAAGGCCUUACGACGAUGCCAUUAAAACUCACAUUAUUUAUGGAAACCCAUUUAAGAAGAAAACAACAAAAAAGCCCAAAGGAAAGUCAAAAUGUGCAAAAGAUCAAUCUAAAGACUCACCAUCGAAAGAUCAGGAGCCACCAAAGGAACCAUGUAAGGAUCAAGAGCCACCAAAGGAUCCAUGCAAAGAGGAACCACCGAAAGAUUCAUGUAAGGAUCAGGAGCCAAAAGAUCCGUUUAAAGAAGCACCACCGAAGGAUCAAAAUGAAUGUAAACCACCAAAGAAACCUUGUAAUCCUUGUAAACCACCACCAAAGGAACCGUGUAAGCCAUGUCCACCACCAGAACCACCAAAAGACCCUUGCAAGCCACCUCCCAAAGAACCUUGUAAGCCUUGCCCACAACCAGAACCACCAAAAGAUCCUUGCAAGCCACCACCCAAGGAAAAAGAACCCUGUAAGCCAUGUCCACAACCAGAACCACCAAAAGAGCCUUGCAAGCCACCUCCCAAGGAACCCUGUAAGCCAUGUCCACAACCAGAACCACCAAAGGACCCUUGCAAGCCACCUCCAAAGGAACCCUGUACUCCAUGUCCAAAACCAGAACCACCAAAAGAACCAUGCAAACCGCCUCCAAAAGAACCUUGUAAUCUAUGUAUACAUCCAGACCCACUAAACAAUCUUUGUAACCAAUGUAAAGAACAAGGUGAGCAUACUCCAUGUCCGAAACCAGAACCACCAAAGGAUCCCUGCAAGCCACCUCCAAAGGAACCAUGUAAGCCAUGUCCAAAACCAGAACCACCGAAGGAUCCUUGUAAACCACCUCCAAAGGAACCUUGUGAUCCAUGUCCGAAACCAGAACCACCAAAGAAUCCUUGUGAUCCUUGCAAGCCAAAGGAACCUUGUGAUCCUUGUAAACCACCUUCAAAGGAACCUUGUGAUCCAUGUCCAAAACCAGAACCACCAAAAGAUCCUUGUGAUCCUUGCAAGCCAAAGGAACCUUGUGAUCCUUGUAAACCACCUCCAAAGGAACCUUGUGAUCCAUGUCCAAAACCAGAACCACCAAAAGAUCCUUGUAAUCCUUGCAAACCACCUCCAAAGGAACCUUGUGAUCCAUGCCCAAAACCAGAACCACCAAAAGAUCCUUGUAAUCCUUGCAAGCCAAAGGAACCUUGUGAUCCAUGUCCAAAACCAGAACCACCAAAAGAUCCUUGUAAUCCUUGCAAGCCACCUCCAAAGGAACCUUGUGAUCCAUGCCCAAAACCAGAACCACCAAAAGAUCCUUGUAAUCCUUGCAAACCACCUCCAAAGGAACCUUGUGAUCCAUGUCCGAAACCAGAACACCAAAAGAUCCUUGAACCUUGUGAUCCAUGCCCAAAACCAGAACCACCAAAAGAUCCUUGUAAUCCUUGCAAACCACCUCCAAAGGAACCUUGUGAUCCAUGCCCAAAACCAGAACCACCAAAAGAUCCUUGUAAUCCUUGCAAACCACCUCCAAAGGAACCUUGUGAUCCUUGCAAGCCACCUCCAAAGGAACCUUGUGGUCCAUGUCCAAAACCAGAACCACCAAAGGAUCCAUGUAAGGAUCAUAAACCACCACCAUGCCCACCAAAGAAAGAACCGUGUAAGGAAGCAAAGAAACCGCUUAAAGGUCAAAAUAAUCCAAAAUCCCAUUCAGACAAAAUUUAUUUCAGUGAUUCCAGAAAACUUUCGUAUAGACCAACUUAUUCAAAAGUAACUGCUACUACUACAACUACCUCCAAAUUUUCUAUUAUCGGAAAUGGUAAUUCACGAAUACAUUCAAAUUUACCCCAUAACAGUUUUAGCUAUCCUAAAAUACUCCCUGAAGAUCCAUUUCACAUAAAAAAAAUUGAUGAUUUAUACAAUUCCAAAAUACCAUAUGAGCCUUUGACUCCAGACAUACCUUCCGAUAGUUCAGACAAUUUACCUGGUGAGGAUGCAGAUUAUGCAGUCGACAGAUCAUAUGAUGAGUGGCCGGAGGUUGAUGCCUCAGGGGUUUCUGAUGAAACCUCACCUAAAUCUACUACAGAAUCAGAUGAUUCAGAAUAUGAUGAAAUCAUAGCUCAAAAAUUCCCUCAAGCUGUCAAAUUAUUAGACGAGCUAAGAAAAUUAAACCAAUAUAAAGCUAAUUUAAAACUAGAAAAAUUAGGAAAAGAUGGACAUGGGAAUGAUAUCACUGAAAAUAGUGAAUACAACGAACCAACAGAAGCGGCGACAACGAGGUCCACAAAAAAACCUUACGGUAUUCAAGAAAUAAUUGAUCUACUGGAGCCAGAAGAAUUUUUGAAAAUGUCUACUGAAACCAGUUUCAUUCCUAAAAAAGUAGUUACGACAAAACGAUUAAAAAAAAGAUCUAACUUUAAGCACAAGUUGUUUAGCCCGAUAACGAUUUGA